AUGCUGAAGUCAGUUGUCCGCACGGUGGGAGCCGCUCUUCGCCUUCCUGCGGCUUCCAGCUCCACAGCACGGGCACUGCCACUUCGUUGCCCUCAACUUUGCGCACCGAACGCGGCUACAGCCAGACCCUUCACCCGCUCCCUCUGGAUGAUGAACGGCAACGGAGCGUCGGGCGACAAGUCAUUUGGGGAGUUUUUAUUGGAUGAAAUAAAAGAGGAGAAAAAGAUUCAGAAAAGUGCAACCUUACCCAAGAUCUCCGGGGGUUGGGAACUGUCUACGGAGGGCGCACAGGCUGAACUCACUAAACACGUGGCUGGAGAGAAAAUCACAGUCACUUUCAAUGUCAAUGACAGCAUACUUCCAAAUUUUGCGGAUGAAGCAGAUAAAGGAGAGCAAAAGUCUGGAGAAGAGGAUGAAAUUGUGUCGACGCCCAACUUUGUGGUUGAAAUUACAAAAAAAGCAGCAAAAAAUUCUCUGGUGAUCGACUGCCAAUUCCUUCAAGAUGAGCUGGCACAUGGCGAAGGUGAGGAAAGCGACAUCUUUGGUAUCGUCGAGGUCAGCUUCCAGCCAGAGGGGGACACGGAAAUGGAAGAGACCAGUUACAUACUCACCAAGGACUCCCUGAAUGAUGACCUCUAUGACCACAUGAUGGACUAUCUGGCUGACCGGGGUGUCGACAACACCUUUGCUGAUGAACUGAUUGAGCUGAGCACUGCCCUCGAGCAUCAAGAAUACAUUAACUUUCUGGGAGAACUCAAAACCUUUGUGAAAUGUAAUUAA